UAUCGAUCAUCUCUCUCCUAUUAUAAGUAUGAAUGUUUUAUAUCUUAUAGAAAAAAAUGUUCAGACAGUAAGCAAUGCUUCUAUUAAGAUUUGAAUAUGUGCAGCCAUCCAUCACAUUGCAAAGAGCAUAGUCGGUUAAAGGGUUGUAAUGGAAAUGUAAAUAUGGAUCGUGGAUCCGGCUCCGUAUCUGAUUCCCAGGAAGGAUUUCUUGAAUCAGAUUACUAUGAAGGCCCCCUUCCAACCUACUGGGAUUGUUUCUCUACCUUCUGCCAGCAAACUAUUCUGCAUGGUUGGCAUUAUCUCACAGAUCAGGCGCCACAAUCCAGUCAAUCCAGUUCAGGACGCAGCAGCUCUACAUCACAUUCUGCACGAGAGAAUGUUACAGUUUUUCAAUCGAACUGUUCUCAUAAUCACAGGCUCAAAAAAAAUGGUAAUACUCACAGUCUAAAUCAAAACGGAAAUUUUCCCUCCCUGCACAACAACUACACUGCAGGAAAUGGUCAAAAUUGUGAUAGUAGCUUUGAGCUAAGUGAUAACUGUACUGUGACAAGUGAUAUAGCUGUAAAGAAGUGUAGUGCGUGGAGAUCUUCUACUCGGAAUAGAUCCUUUAGGAAGAUUUGGCUUUUUAAUACUUAAAAGGGACUGAAUGCGUAAUUUCAAGUGACCUUCCAUAAGUAUA